UGUUCCCGCCCUGCCUUUCGCAGCUGUUCGGUGGCGGGAACUCAGGCUGCUUGCUGACGGCGGCUACCGUAAGGGUUUCCCCCCGCCAUUCUGGCGGCUCGGGGCUUCCUGGGCCUGAGAGUCUCCGCUUGGGGAACGGGGCUAAGACUUCGGGACCACCUCGUCCUUUCCCUGCUGCGGAAACCUCAGGAACGAGCCGGUGGCGUCCUAGCUCUCAAGACGUGCAGCUAAAAGGCCCAGGCAGUGCCGGGGGACACACGCGGGGAGCCGGGGAGAACAGGGUGAAGUAACCAUGCAGGCAUUUCUAAAAGGCACAUCUAUCAGCAGUAAACCACCAUUGACUAAGGAUCGAGGAGUAGCUGCCACUGCCAGAAGUAGUGGAGAGAACAAGAAAGCUAAACCUGUUCCGUGGGUGGAAAAAUAUCGCCCAAAAUAUGUGGAUGAAGUUGCUUUCCAGGAAGAAGUGGUUGCAGUGCUAAAAAAGUCUUUAGAAGGAGCUGAUCUCCCUAAUCUCUUGUUUUACGGCCCACCUGGAACUGGAAAAACAUCCACUAUUUUGGCAGCAGCUAGGGAACUCUUUGGACCUGAACUUUUUCGAUUAAGAGUUCUUGAGUUAAAUGCAUCUGAUGAACGUGGAAUACAAGUAGUUAGAGAGAAAGUGAAGAAUUUUGCCCAAUUAACUGUGACAGGAAGCCGUUCAGAUGGGAAGCCAUGUCCUCCUUUUAAAAUUGUGAUUCUGGAUGAAGCAGAUUCUAUGACCUCAGCUGCUCAGGCAGCUUUAAGACGUACCAUGGAGAAAGAGUCUAAAACCACCCGAUUCUGUCUCAUCUGUAACUAUGUCAGUCGAAUAAUUGAACCUCUGACCUCUAGAUGUUCUAAAUUCCGCUUCAAACCUCUGUCAGAUAAAAUUCAAGAGCAGCGAUUACUAGACAUCGCUGAUAAAGAACAUAUCAAAAUUAGCAAUGAGGGACUAGCUCAUCUUGUUAAAGUGUCAGAAGGAGACUUAAGGAAAGCCAUUACAUUUCUUCAAAGUGCUACUCGAUUAACAGGUGGAAAGGAGGUCACAGAAAAGGUGAUCACAGACAUUGCUGGGGUAAUACCAGCUGAAACAAUUGAUGGAGUAUUUGCUGCAUGUCAGAGUGGCUCUUUUGACAAACUAGAAGCUGUGGUAAAGGACUUAAUAGAUGAGGGUCAUGCAGCAACUCAGCUUGUAAAUCAACUUCAUGAUGGGGUUGUAGAAAAUGAUAACCUUUCUGAUAAACAGAAAUCUGUUAUUACAGAAAAACUUGCUGAAGUUGAUAAAUGUUUAGCAGAUGGUGCUGAUGAACAUCUACAGCUGAUCGGCCUCUGCGCAACUGUCAUGCAGCAGUUAACUCAGAAUUGUUAAAACAUAUUCAGCAUGUAUUUUUGUGAACAAUUUAAAAUAAAAUGACUAAAGCACCUUUAAA